AUGAGAAGAAGCAUUAGCCCCUCUAUAAAAAAAGAAAUAACUUUAUGUAACAAUCAAAAAAAUAACAAAAGGUGUCUGAUUAUUUCUUUAAACAGUGAAUUUCAGUUUGUAUUAGGAGGAUAUUCAAUACAAACAGGGAAUUUAAAAGAUGAUUUAGAAAAUUUAAAAAGUUUACUAAACGAUAAAUUGUGUUUUAUUUUAUGCAAUAUUAAUAAUUUUACACCAAAAUGCAAAUGGAUUUUAUUAUUCUGGAUACCUGAAAAAAAUGUUAUAGAAGAAUUAAAAAGAAGAGGAGAUAAAUUAAGGAAAAAAAAUUGUUAUAUAAAAAUUUUUGAAAAAGAAAUAAAAUAUAAUAUAAUAUGUAACUUAAAUAAACUCAUUUAUCAUAAUUUAAAAAAUAAUAUUUUAGACAUUAUAAAUGACUGCGAUGUUCCUUUAUUUGAAAUAAAAAACUUUGUUGAGUUAGAAGAAUGUGUUAAUAAUAACAUUAACACUAUUAGUAAUAAAUUUAUAGAAAUAGAAAAAGACCAAAUAAAUAAAAGGGAUUUUCAUCAUUCAUACAUAAAAAGUUACUUACAUGAAUUUUACUUUAUGAAUAUUGAACUUAGAAAUUGUAAUACUUUUAAUGAAACAAAUGAGUUAGUAAAUAAUAUAAAAUUACUUACAGAAGAAAAUAACAUGAGUUUGAAUUUAUUUACUAUAGAUAUGAAUAAUUAUACAAUAAAUAGCUGUCACUUAAAAAUAACUAAUAUUGAAGUAGUACAAGAAAUUACACAAAGAAAUAUAUUUUAUAUUGUUUAUAAAAUUUUUGAAACUUAUACCUUUUUCUUUUUCUGUGAUGAAAAUUGUUCUAACAAAGAGAAAUUUUUAUACUCUUUCUUUAAACCUCAAGUAAUAGAAUUUUUAAAAAAACAAAAUAUAAAUAUAUUCUUGAGUGUUGAAAUAAAUAAAGUUAAAUAUUUAAUUGAUUUUAUAAAUUCGGAUAUAAAAAAAAAAGUAGAUUCAUUGGAAAAUAAGCUACCAGUAAAGGAGAUAAAAAAAAAGGAAACCAUCAUUUUUGAACAAACUAAUAAUAUAGCAGAUAUGACUUCGGGUGAUGAAUCAAAUAUAUUAAAAAAUGAAAUUUUAGAUAAAAAAAAUUAUUUACCUAAAAGUAAAUCAUUAAAAAAAAAAUAUUUAAGCUCAAAAGGAAAUAUGCUAACAUUUAAAAGAAGUAGCACUAGUAAUUCAUUAAAGGACAAGGCUUCAGUGGAAAAAAAAAAAUUAUCUUUAGAUAAAAAAGAUAUUAUAAAGUUUAACAUAAAAAAAUCAUUGAGUUUAAAAAAAAAAAAAAUAAUUUCUACUGAUAAAGUUAAAUCAGUUCCACUUGAAAAAGGAAAACUAUUAAAAUUGCCUAGUUCUAAAUUGUCUACUGACAAAAAAAAAUCUCUAAACUUAAAAAAAAAAAAAAUGACAACAGCUGAAAAAAAAAAAUCAAGUGAUAAAAUAGAAAAAACAAAAUCAUUAAAAGCUUAUCAAAAUAGCAAAAUCCCAAAGUUGCUAAUGAGCAAAUCUUUAACUUUAAAUAAAAUAGCAUCACUAUCAUUUGAAAUGAAAAAACCGUUUUCUCUGAAUAAAUAUAAAUCGCUUAACUUAGACAAAAUAAAAAGUAGUAAUUUAUUUGUAAAAGCCAUUUCAUUUAAGGAUAUAAAAAAACUAGAAAUCUCAAAAAAGUUAGAAAAAGAAGAUAAUAAUGAUAAAAAUAAAGAAAAAGAUAAAAAAAUAGAACACAAUAAGAAUGAAGAUAAAGAUAAGAAAAAUGAAAGAAAUAACAAGAAGGAAAAAAAAAAAAAAAAAAAUAUCUCCAGUAAAUAUUAUACUCAAACUCAUUAA